ACAGCUGCGCUGAAUUUGGCUUUGAACUGCCAUGGUGACUUCCGCUGAGCCUCUUUCUUGUUGACAACGUGAAUACGUGAGCACUCAACAAAAUGGUUCAACGUUUGACCCUCAGACGCCGGUUGUCGUACAACACAAAGUCAAACAGGAGGCGUGUUGUUCGUACUCCUGGAGGACUUCUCGUCUAUCAGUACGUGAAGAAGCGACGCAAUGUGCCCAAGUGUGGUCAGUGCAAGGAGAAGCUAAAGGGUAUCCGGCCAACGCGCCCCAGCGAACGACCACGCAUCUCCAAGAGACAGAAAACCGUCCGCCGGACGUACGGAGGUGUUCUCUGCCACCGAUGCCUGCGGGAGCGCAUUGUCCGCGCAUUCCUCAUCGAGGAGCAGAAGAUAGUCGUGAAAGUGCUGAAGGCUCAAAAGGCAUCGCAAAAAGCUGCCGCGAAAGCCAAGUAAUCUGUAAAAUCCACGCUAAAUAAACCUCCACAAUAAUAGCAAA